AUGAAUUGUGGUAAACCACAUAUCAAAGGUAAUGUUUAUUGCUCUUGUGGCGGAAAUACUUAUACUAUUCAUUCUCCAGAUUGUUUAAGCAGGAACGAGCAAGAAAAAGAACAAAAAGCCCUUAAACCAUUAGUCGAUAAACAUUUAGAAGUUUGUGAUAGAGCCAUUAAGUGCGAUUAUUGCCAGCAAAAAUUUAAGUAUGGUGAAGAGUGUAGAUUUUUUAAAUUAGAUUUACAAUUUUUCGCUGAUGGAGAGGAUGACCCAAAGACAACUACUCAGAAAAAAAGGAGAAGUUUGGACUUGACUGAGGAAAAUUGGCACGGAGAAAUUGCCGAAUUAAAAACACAAAUUAGUAAUUUAGAGGAAAAAACAGCCGAGUUAGAAACAACAAUUAAGACAUUAGAAGCAGAAAAACAGGAAUUAAGAAUAACCGCACAUGUAGCCGGCGAAUAUGGGACAUUGUUAAGUAAUGCAAAUUUAGAAUACCAAACCAAAAUUGAAGAAUUAAAAGCAGAAAAUGAACAGUUAAAAUCCGAGCAAGCCAGUUUAACUAGCAAACAAGACCAAAAAAAUAGUAAAUUACUAGAAAAAGAGCAAAAAUUAAUUGCCCGGUUAGAAGAUGAAAUUAGUCAGUUGCGGAAUGGGAAUGAAGAAAAAAGUAAAGAAUUAACCAAAUUAAAAAGAGCAAUGGCGGUGGCGGAGAGAAAAGCCCGCGAGGAAAGAGAAAAUUUUUUCACCGAGCAAACCAAAAAAGCAGCGGAGCAAGCAAAAAUUAAGCGAGAGCAAGAAGCCGAAGAAAUUACCAGACUCAGAAAGGAAUUAGAAAAAUCAGAAAUAGUUUUUAAGGAGAUAGCGAACAAAAAUAAUGCUGAAAUAGUAAGUUGGCGACACAAAAGCGAAGAACAAGAAGAAAAAUUAGAAAAAUUAACAGAAAAAUAUAACAACGAGACAGUCAUAACUCUUUCGGACACCGAAACCGAUAAUGAGAACAAUACUGUUAGUUGUGUUAAAAAAUAUGACAAAGCAGCCGUUAAAAUUUUAAAAGAUAGUUAUGAAACCGUUAAAAGAAGAAACGCCGAGUUAGAGAGAGAAAUAGCCAGUUCCCGCCGCAGUUCGCUGAGUUUUGACCGUCGAUACUCGUUUAACCGCCAGAGUAGUAUUAAUAGUAUUUCUUCCAGCGGAGAAAAAGAGAAUUUGGCACCAAUCCCGCCAACCAGAAGAGAUACUAACACUAGUGAAAGUUCCACCAGUUUAUAUCCUAACGAUAAAAAUGGUAAUGGUAGUGAAGAUGAAAGAUUCCCUAGUUCGCCGUCGUUGAUUGAAGAAUAUGAUAAUAGAUUAAAAGCCAAAGAUGAGGCGUUAAAAGACCUAGCACUCGAAAACUUUAAUGAAAGAAUGCUAAGUGAAUUACUUCUCGAAGAGGUUGAAAAAUUAAAAAGCAACCGGCCGGUUUUUUCGGAGGGAGACUCGGAGGGAAACCAAGAAUUAAAAAUGGUGGAACAAGAAAAGGAAAUCAGUGAAUUAAAAAGCAAAAUAGAUGAAUUAGAAUUAACAAUUCAAGGUAAAGAAACUGAAAUAACGAGAGUUAAGACGGAAAUCUACGCAGAAACAAAAGAGGUUCAAAUAACAAAAGAAGCGUUAGAGGAAGUUCAAUUAUCACUAGCCAUCCUCCAAGAAAAAUAUGAUGAAUUGGAACAAGAAAAGAGAGAUUAUGAAGCAAAUGCGGACAAUUUAAAUAAAAGUUUAAAGGAAGAAAGUGAACGGGCAAAUGAACUUUCAGAAAGAAAAGAAUAUUUAGAAAAUAAAGUGGAGAAACAGAAUAGAGAAAUUUAUUCUUUGGAGAACAGUUUAUCAGCACGAGAGAAGGAUUUAACAGCAGCAAAAGAGGAAAUCAAGCAGGUCAAGAAGAAGAUGGAGGAAGAACUUAAAAUACAAGGAAUGGGUCUCCAAGAGGGAUUUGAAAGAAAGUUGGACGAACAAAAAGAAAAAACCCAAGUCCUGGAAACCAAAGUCCAAGUCGCCCACCAAGCCAAAAAGCAACUCGAGCAGGAACUGGCCGAAACCAAAACGGAACUGGAACAACAAAAAGAGAAAACCGAACAAGCGGAAAAGAAAUCCCUUAUUAGCGAAAAAGAGAAAAAGACCGAAAACCAAGAAAAUAUUGCUGAGUUAAAAACGAAGUUAAGUAGUCGCCCAACUGCUGAAGAAUUGGCCGAAGUUAAGAAUAAUUAUCAGAGCCUACUUGAUGACAAUGAAAAGAAAAAUGAGAGCAUAAAGGAAUUAGCGGAAGAAUUAAAACAAAAAAAAGAUGAAUUGAGGGAACAAACCAAAAAUCUUCGUCAAUUAGAAAGAAAAUUGCAGGCUACUAAUAAUAAUUCCUUAGCCGACCAAGCAACUAUAAAAAAACUAAAUAAGCAAGUUGAGGAAUUAAAAGAAGAAUACAAAUCAGUAUCUUCUGAAUUAACAAACACUAAGAAUGCUUUAUCAGAAGAACAACAAGAAAAUUAUUCGUUGCAAAAUGAACUUUGGCAAAGCAAAGAGGAAUUACGAAAGAUUGCUGAAUGA